CGAAAAACAAAACAGGUAUUCAAAUUAUCGUGUAUUUAACAAUUGAAUAUUAGACCGAAAGUGCACAGAUCGGACGGUUAAAAACAUGUCACAACCUUAAUACUUUGUUUGACAUCAAACGGCUAAGAACAUGCGAUGGUAGAUCUGGCUUCGUAAAAACCCACAAAGACGGUCUCUCUUUCUCGCUUGCAUCCGUAGACACGCCCAAUCUAACCCUAAUUUAGCGACAAAGUCUCCAAUUCGUAACCAUGGGUGAAUUCAAGAUCGAAGAUUUCUCCACGCCUAUCACAACCGUCAAAGGGGCUAAGACAGGCGUCUUCUGGAACCUUGAUGAUUGCCCAUUCCCUAAGGAUUUGACUCCUGAUGUGAUCCAUAAGUGUAUGGAUGAAGCCCUUACUGACAUCUGUCGUGUAGGUACGAUGACAAUCUGGGCUUAUUUUGAUGAGGGGAAAGUGGAUUGGAGGAACGGUGAGUGUCGUCUGCCUACGGAAUCCAGACUCUACUUCAUUCCUGUAGGAGAUAAACUCUCGAUAAAUGAUAGAAUGUUUCAUGACAUUCUUUUAUGGUCGAUGGACUCUCCUGUGGACUAUCCUGAUCCAGCAAAUUUGAUCGUAGUCUCAGAUAAAGUCAGAGAUCACAGGGACUUCUUCGAAACUCUACGUACUUUAGAUCAGAGACAUUACGGUGUCAUUUUAGUGACUCCCGCUGCGUCGAACCUAGCACAAUGCCCCGAUUGGCCAGCACCGCUACUAAAUGAAGACGCAUACUGUUUUGGUUACGAAAGUGAAAGCGAAGAUACUAGUCUCCAGAAGCCUAAACUACAAGAAACACUUUAGGGGUCGGAAGUUAUUUUUUGGACAACAGAAACAACUAUUGUAAACAAGCAAAAUAUAUUUCAUCACAUAUAAUUCUUCCUCACAUAAACUUUCUAAAAAGCAAAAAUCAUUAUCAUA